AUGUCACAGUUCUUUUCUAAUACUGCGGUUCGAACUAUUCUCGUAACUGCUUCUUGGAUUCCUGUGGCAAUUUUUUGUUUAGAUCAUGGAUUUACUAUAGGUUCCAUUCAUGGUCGUUCAAUGCAGCCAACAUUUAAUCCAGACUCAAACAAACUCUGUCAUGAUAUUGUUUUAUUAAAUCGUGCCGCUGCCAUUACACACAAGUAUAAAAGAGGCGAUGUGGUCACUUUAUAUUUACCAGAUGAUCCAGAUAAAAUUAUCGCAAAACGUAUAAUCGCAUUAGAAGGUGAUACGAUUUUCACCCUACCUCCGUAUUCUGAAAAAUGUUUACGAAUACCCAAAGGAUAUUGUUGGGUUGAAGGUGAUGAUACAUUCCAUAGUAAAGAUAGUAAUACUUUUGGUCCGGUACCGCUGGGUUUAAUAAGAUCCAAAGUUACAUUUAUAUUAUGGCCAUUUUCACGAUUUGGUAAAGUUCCUCAUAUUGAAAAACCUGAACGAGUUUCCGUAUUUUUGGGAGAUGUUAAUUUAUUGAACAUUUUUGAUAGAAGAGAUUUUUAA